GAAAUUUUUAAGCGAUACAAGACGCCAUAUUGCUCUCAGCUGGACUCGGGAGUUUGCGUGAAGGAAAUAAUAAUACCUAGCCGUUUCUAACAUUAUUCAUCUUAAAUGGACGAGAUGGCAAGCCCAGGGAAUGACCGAAUGAAGAGUUACAAGAACAAAGCGCUGAACCCACAAGAGAUGCGCCGGAGGAGAGAGGAGGAGGGGAUCCAACUCCGCAAACAGAAGAGAGAAGAGCAGCUGUUCAAGAGGAGGAAUGUGUGUGUGCCCUCGGGCGAUGAGUCCAUGUUGGAAUGCCCUGUCCAGGACCCUGACAUCAGCUCCACUGCACCAGUCUCAGGUGAAGGUGUCAUAACUCCAGACAUGAUCCAGAUGAUCUUCUCUGAGGAUCCAGACCAGCAGCUGAUUGCCACACAGAAAUUCAGGAAGUUACUCUCCAAAGAGCCCAACCCCCCCAUCGAUGAGGUCAUCCUCACCCCCGGUGUCGUCAAUAAGUUUGUGGAGUUCCUCAAGAGGAGUGAGAACUGCACUCUUCAGUUUGAGGCAGCCUGGGCCCUGACCAACAUUGCCUCUGGGACCUUCCUGCACACCAAGGUGGUUAUCGAGACGGGAGCCGUGCCCAUCUUCAUCGAGCUGCUCAACUCGGACUACGAGGACGUCCAGGAGCAGGCCGUGUGGGCCCUGGGGAACAUCGCCGGGGACAACGCAGAGUGCAGAGACUACGUUCUCAACUGUGGCAUCCUGCCCUCCUUACAACAGCUACUGGCUAAAUCCAACCGUCUCACCACAACUAGGAAUGCUGUAUGGGCUCUGUCUAACCUGUGUAGAGGGAAGAACCCCCCUCCAGACUUCACUAAGGUGUCUCCCUGUCUGAGUGUGCUGUCCAGGCUGCUGUUCAGUAGUGACCCAGACGUGUUGGCUGAUGCCUGCUGGGCCCUCUCUUACCUGUCUGACGGACCCAAUGACAAGAUACAGACCGUCAUCGACUCUGGGGUCUGCCGCAGACUGGUGGAGCUACUCAUGCACAGUGAUUAUAAGGUGGUCUCUCCUGCGCUGCGUGCUGUGGGAAACAUAGUGACAGGAGAUGACAUUCAGACUCAGGUGAUUCUGAACUGCUCGGCGUUGCCCUGCCUAUUACACCUGCUCAGCAGUCCCAAGGAGUCCAUCAAGAAGGAGGCCUGCUGGACUGUGUCUAACAUUACAGCUGGGAACAGAGCACAGAUCCAGACGGUGAUAGAUGCCAACAUCUUCCCAGUGCUGAUAGAGAUUCUUCAGAAGGCAGAGUUCCGUACCAGGAAGGAAGCAGCGUGGGCUAUAACCAACGCUACCUCUGGGGGCACUCCUGAGCAGAUCAGGUACCUGGUUAGUCUGAACACCAUCAAGCCCAUGUGUGACCUGCUGACAGUGAUGGACAGUAAGAUAGUGCAGGUGUCACUGAAUGGCCUGGAGAACAUCCUGAGACUGGGAGAGCAGGAGGCCAAGCAGAACGGCACCGGCAUCAAUCCUUACUGUGCCCUCAUAGAGGAAGCCUAUGGUCUGGACAAGAUCGAGUUCUUGCAGAGCCAUGAGAAUCAGGAGAUCUACCAGAAGGCUUUUGACCUGAUCGAGCACUACUUUGGUGUAGAGGAGGAGGACGCUAGCAUCGCCCCGCAGGUGGACCAGAACCAAGGCCAGUUUAUCUUCCAGCAGCAGGAUGGGCCCAUGGAGGGCUUCCAGCUCUAACCACACCCUGACCUUUGACCUUCACCCCUCUGAGUAUCUACCACCCCCCCAGGGGAGUCCAGUCUCCAUAGGGCUGUUUAGACCUGAACUGAUGACACUACCCCAUCUCGCCUCUCUCACUGAACCCACCUGCUCUACCUCUCUCUCUCCAAAUCUUCCUCUCCUGCAAGGCUAGCCUUGCCCUGCCACAGCACCCUAUCUGGAAAGGGUGAGAGAGGGAGCAUGAGAGAGAGAGAACCUGACUGACUGAAAGACUGACUGAGGACAGCUCAUUCUUAGUGUUUGAGACUUCCUGGAGCUGUAUGCAGCGUUUGGGUUGUUUCUUUCUAUUGUAGACUAUACCGUCUGUGCAGUGGCAAGCCUCCUAACAUGGUAGGCAUAGGAAAGAAAGAGUUGGUUGAUAUUUUGUCUUACUCCCUAAAAUGUUUAUUUUAUUUUAUAAUUUCCUGUGAUAUUAUUAUUAUUAUUACGACACUGGUGUCUCAAUCACCCUCCAUAUCUCCUUUUUAAAUGUGAAACUACCUCUUCAGUCUUCAAAAAGAAAACAAAAGAUAUGAAGCAUUUUGACUGAGGAUUCUCUGGAUUUCACCAGAUAGUCCAAGUAAAACUCCCAACUAGUGUCCUGAAGAGGUUUAGUGACUGUAUCAGCUCAUUUCCUAACUUCUUGUACCUUUUGACCAGAGCUGAGAGAACAGUUGGCUACAGACAGCCUAGUGUUUUCGUUGGAGGAUGUACAUUGUGUCAAGAUGAUGAUGGUGUGUGUAUUCCAGUGAUAUUAUUAUUUAAGUUGGAAAGCAGGUGGACAUCUUUCUCUUGGGUCUGUCUUCAAUGAUAAAAUUGACAAUGGUUGACCUGGAGAUUCCUAAUCUUAUUUAUUCUGUUGAAAUGUCUUUCAGUUCCUUGACCCUGGCUGCAAUAUUAACUUUAGAAUAACAGAACACCAGUUGCAUCGUACUGACCGCAGUAAUCUAGAUGCAUUGUGUAGGGAAACACUGCAUGUCACUUGCUGCAUUAGUCAGCAUAGCGUUCAGCCAGGCUUAUGCUUAUCUGUAACAACGUUACGGUAGGAUUGACACAACGUUAGGGUAACGUUGAGGAGUGUUCUGCUUGUGUGAGUGCUCCUUAUUGAAGCGCCGCCAGCCACAGUACAGUGCCAGACGGGUUAGGUUCAGUGACUAGUAUCUGUUGUGUGAUGCAGUGUCUGUCUGUAACAAUCUCCAGGUGAAUAAAAACACAGGCUCUCAGA